UGAUGGCAGCUGUGUGAGCUUAUUCAUUAAGACCUAUUAAAAAUACUCUCCCUUCUAGAUAGCUGUCCUAGUAGCAGAACCAUCAUAUACUUAGGCUUCUUCUGUGUGGCUUUUUUGCAUGGUACCCUAGAAUAUGGUGAGAUGGCAAGCUUUUUGUUUGCUAUGUGAUUCAAAGUAGUUAACAGCUUCAGUUAUUUAGGUGUGUGCAUGUGCAUUUUGUGUGAAAUGGGCAUUUUCAAAAUACACCUUACUUUUGUGAACACAUGUGUAAUCCCUGUAAAUGAGUGAGUUGACCUUGGAAAUAAUCAUUCUGACAGGCAAGUAAAAUGAAUAGCUGCACAGUUAGGCAAAUGAGGAAGAAGGAAUAAAGUAGGGGAAAAAAAGACCUCAACCUAGAUGUAUAUAUGUGUUUUUACUUAAAAUGUGGCUUUUUAUACGCAUAAUAGUAGCAUGGUUUUUUCUUGUGGUCAUUUUCCAUUUCAAGCUUCUCUUCUGAUUUGCAGUAGGUUUUUUAAAUGGUUACUGCAAUACCAAACGACCAGAAUAUUUUAGUGAUACCUCCUUUGAGUCCAGUAGGCUAUCCUGCCAAGUCUAGAGUAAAUAAACCGGUAAUUAGCUUUUCUGAAAUAUCUGUCUAUUACAUGUUUAUAUAUGUUCAUUUCCCAUAUAUUUCCCUUCCUUCUUAACUGACGCCAGAAAGUUCUACAUGAUGCAGAAAACCAAUUUUGCCUGAUAAAUGGGAUGGCUAAGUUGCUUUUCAAAGCCCAUGUUCUUCAUUUCUCAUUGGGCCCUUUCUUCCGUCUGCCUGAUAUCCACAGAUGAAGUUUUUAACCAGAGAGGGAAAUAUACAUCUGGCCCCUUUGUCUUGUGCAUUUUGUGACAAAGGAAUUCCUAUUUGAAUUGCUCUGCUCUGUCGAAGCCCCUUCUGAGCCGCUGUUUAACAGCAGCAGUCAGUCUUUGCAGUGUCCUGACGUCAUCCAGUGUAUGCAUAAGCUCUGCUAUUGUCUUACCGAGGGAGCCGGCUCUGGAUUGCAGUAUCUGCUGGCUGCCGCGCUGCCACCUAUCCCUGCCUCCCUGCAUCCCACCAGAGACCCAUCGGGGCCUUCUCUCUUCUGUCGGAUUUAAAAGAGCAGCUCCUGGUGGUGUUUUUGUGGGGUUUUUUUGGUUCCACAGGAGAACUUGGCUUUUCACUUCCAUGAGGAAAAACUGAAGCGUGUGAGAGGAGAAUCUGGCAGCUGGAUCCAGCCUGGACUGCAUUGUCUGGCUUCAUGACCCCUGCUGUGUAGUCGUCUCAUCUCUCCUCUCACACUCACUUAUUCUUUCCUCUUUUUUUGUAUCUUUCUUUUUCCUUUUUUUUUUUAAGAGCAGCAUCUGGAGCCAGCCAUGUUUGGCACUGAAUCUUCAUUGAGUAUGUUUUUGAACACAUUAACACCGAAGUUCUACGUUGCUCUGACAGGCACUUCCUCACUAAUCUCAGGGCUCAUUUUGAUAUUUGAAUGGUGGUAUUUUCGAAAGUAUGGGACAUCUUUCAUUGAGCAAGUAUCUGUGAGUCAUUUACGCCCCCUUCUGGGAGGGGUGGACAAUAACUCGCCCAGCAACUCAAACACAAAUAAUGGGGAUUCGGAUUCAAAUCGACAGAGUGUAUCAGAAUGCAAGGUUUGGCGAAAUCCACUAAAUCUAUUUAGAGGAGCUGAAUAUAAUAGGUAUACAUGGGUAACAGGACGAGAACCUUUGACCUACUAUGACAUGAAUCUUUCAGCACAGGACCAUCAGACAUUCUUUACAUGUGACACAGAUCAUUUGCGGCCUGCAGAUGCAAUCAUGCAGAAAGCCUGGAGAGAAAGGAACCCCCAAGCUAGGAUUUCUGCAGCACAUGAAGCCUUAGAGUUAAAUGAGUGUGCCACAGCAUAUAUCCUCCUGGCUGAGGAGGAAGCCACGACCAUCGUGGAGGCCGAGAAACUCUUCAAACAGGCUCUGAAAGCAGGAGAGGGCUGUUACAGACGUUCCCAACAGUUACAGCAUCAUGGAGCUCAGUAUGAAGCCCAACACAGACGAGAUACCAAUGUCUUGGUCUACAUUAAAAGGAGGCUAGCAAUGUGUGCACGAAAGCUCGGGAGGACCAGGGAGGCUGUGAAAAUGAUGAGAGAUCUAAUGAAGGAAUUUCCUCUCCUGAGCAUGUUCAACAUACAUGAAAACCUUUUAGAAGCUUUACUGGAACUGCAAGCGUAUGCUGAUGUUCAAGCAGUUUUAGCAAAAUAUGAUGAUAUAAGCUUACCCAAAUCGGCAACAAUAUGCUACACAGCUGCAUUGCUCAAAGCAAGAGCUGUCUCUGACAAAUUUUCUCCAGAGGCCGCAUCCCGACGAGGGCUGAGCACCGCGGAGAUGAACGCAGUGGAGGCCAUUCACAGAGCCGUCGAGUUCAAUCCUCACGUGCCAAAAUACCUACUAGAAAUGAAAAGCUUAAUCCUACCCCCAGAACAUAUUCUGAAGAGAGGCGACAGUGAAGCAAUAGCCUAUGCUUUCUUUCAUCUUCAGCACUGGAAGAGGGUGGAGGGGGCUUUGAAUCUUUUACAUUGUACGUGGGAAGGCACUUUUAGGAUGAUCCCUUAUCCCUUGGAAAAAGGGCACCUUUUUUACCCCUACCCCAUCUGUACAGAAACGGCAGACAGGGAGCUGCUUCCAUCUUUCCAUGAAGUAUCAGUUUACCCAAAGAAGGAGCUUCCUUUCUUUAUUCUCUUCACUGCUGGAUUAUGUUCCUUCACAGCCAUGCUGGCCCUCCUGACCCAUCAGUUCCCAGAGCUUAUGGGGGUCUUCGCAAAAGCUUUCCUCAGCACUUUGUUUGCCCCUUUAAAUUUCGUCAUGGAGAAAGUAGAAAGUAUCCUGCCAUCCAGUCUGUGGCACCAGCUGACAAGGAUCUAAGGGAAACACCCUCCCACCCCUGCCUUCCCCACCCUCUCUCCCCCCCAAUCCCCAGCAUCGACCCGACUGCCAUGAUAUCUUCCAUGCCGACUCCUUGUUGACCGCGAGAAAGCAUGAUUUUUUUUUAAAAGGGAAGCCGUUCUAAGACUUAAAAAAAAAAAUUCUUCAUGGAUUGUCUGUUCUCAUAUUAAAAGAAAAGUUUUUGUUGUACAAAAUUCAUUGAUGUUCAGUUCUAUUAUAUUUUGCCUUCAGAAAAGAUAAAAAAAAAAACUCAAAAAUAAACUUUUGUGUAUUGCAGCAA